AUGACACUUGCCGCCUGGCCAGAGAUGAUAGAUUCAUCAAGCACUAUUAAAAACAAAAGCAAAACUUCUCUUGAAGAAAGAGCAAGUGAUAGAAUUCCAAUUGGAGAAUUUUCAACCGAAGAAGAGAUUUCAACCGAAGAAGUUUUAUAUGAAGAUAUAACCGAAAAUUCAGAUUCAGAUUUAGAGGAGCUUAUUUAUUUCGAAGAUUCAUCAGCUACUAGAGCCUCUGAAAUCGAUGGGCUUUAG